UGUUCGAGAACGUGUAUAGAAUUCUGAAACCGCGAACAAAAACGUCCGAAAACCACAGAAAGGCAGAAAUCGUUGCCAGCGAUCAUCGUUCGAUCCUUGGCAGUUCCCACCUGGAUCGUGCUUGCGCUCCACACCCGCCGCCAUAGCUAAGACAGCGCGCUGCGAAAACCUGCUGCAGUUGUUGGUUAUCAGGCGCUAAAGCAGGAGUCCCCGACGAUAAAUAACCAUGGCCACCUCCCAGUCGGUCGCGCCUCCUCUCAGGCAUAAUCGGGGUUACAGUUUUAGUGGGAAGUCGAAUAAGUCUCAACAGUCGGGCCAUUCCAGCAAGAAAAUCCAACUCACUGAAUCCGCCGAAGAGAAGCAUCGCCGUCAUCUCAACACUAAAGCCGAUCCGAUGGUUGCUAUGAGCGAAGCGCAGCCUAAUACGGUUGCUCUGGAAGAGUCGACGCUGGGUUCCUUGCGGACUAUGCAGCACAAGGAUCAGUACGGCAAUGUCAUUACUGAUCCCGACCUUUCAAAUCCAACGCGCCCGAGAUUUGAGCGCCCGCUUGACACUAUCCGUUCCUUCGAAGCUGCGAUCUAUGGAUCAUACAGCAGUAGGCCUGUGUCGUACGCAAGGACAGAGGAAUCAACACCCGCGACGCCAGAGUACAGCCGACGGGGAAGCUACUAUGGAGCGCCCAACGGAGGAUAUUCCAGCAGAGCGCACUACGACCAGAAUGGCUACCACAACAGCCGCGGCACCUAUUCGCGACCGGACAGCUACGUGGAGAACGGCAACGGCCAAGCCGACAACUACUACCCUUACAACCAUGGCGGCGGCGGCCGACCGCGACCACGCCACCAAGCGCGGAUGAACACCGAACAGAGCGGAUAUUCGCAGCACGCAUACCAAAAGUCAUACGACAAUGUGACUGCUGCGUCUGGUUCGGGCUCGGGCAGCAACGGCGAGACCUGGGCCAAUUCGACGGACCCAAGUUCGGUCAACAGCUCGAGCGAUCAGUUCCACCAGCAGCAGCAACUACAGCAACAACAACAGUAUCAGCAGCAGCAGCAGCAGCAGAUGGCCGAGAGCUACGGGUUUCAAGGGUUCGGCGCGGGUCCCAGUUUCGAAAGUGGUCAGCCCCCGCCCACGGCGGCGAACGGCCGUCGUCAUCUGCGCAAAGCGACAAACGAUACCGAGAUGAGCAAUGAUUCGAAGCGCAAGAGCUGGUUCAAACGUCGCUUCAGCAAGAACUAAAACCAAACUCCCUCCCCGAUUCGACGAUCCUGGUGGUCGCCCUUGUCCCUUUUUCUUCUCGCCUCCUUUCUUUGUAUAGGUGUACUACAGUCAAAACCGGCGUUCAAACGGAGAUUCCCUUAACACCUUCCCUUUUACAACAUGCUUGCGCUGAACACAACAACACUGGGAUUACUCGGCAUGGAUUGUGUACGUUUUCGCUCGAGGAGUUGGAUUCGUUUUUGUUU